ACUGGAAAUAAAAAACAAAGGCAAUCUCUCGGAAGUUCUGCAGGGGUAAAAGCAUGGGCUGCUGGACCAACCUGAAGUCCUCUGGUUGGGCUUAUCCCACCGCAGUCCUGUCCCUCUAUGGCUUUUUUGCUAACUGCAGAGUAGCAGAGCCCUUCGUCACACCAUACCUAAUUGGACCACACAAGAACAUCUCUGAAGAAACGUUGACCAACUACUUGUUCCCCAUCUGGACCUAUUCCUACCUGGCCUUUCUUUUCCCUGUAUUCCUGCUGACUGACUUUUUAAGGUACAAGCCCGUCAUUGCGGUACAAGGGCUCUUCCUGGUCACCAACUAUGUCCUGCUCUGCUUUGCCCGGGGACUGCCUGCUAUGAUCUUCCUUCAGAUCAACUAUGCUGUCGUUACUUCUACAGAGGUGGCCUACUUUUCCUACAUUUACAGCGUGAUUCCAGCUGAGAAUUACCAAAGAGCCACUGGUUACCUUCGUAGUGCCAUGCUUGCUGGAUAUACAUUUGGUGCCAGCUUGGGUCAAGUGCUCAUCUCCCUGUUAGGGGUGGACCUCUUCUACAUCAAUGCUAUCACUCUGGGGACUGUAAGCAUGGCUUUUCUCAUCUCCUUCUGGUUGCCAAUGCCCCAACGGAGCAUGUUCUUCAAAGGGGAAAACACUGCAGCUUUGGACUGUCAGUCCCAGCAGGAGGGGCCAGUGGGAACAGACAGACCUGAGGAACCAGUGAUGGAUAAGGAAGAAGUUGGCUCAGGGAAAGAGAUGGUGCAUAAUGGCAGCGCUGGCUGGUGCAGUUGGGAAAAUGUGGCUGCUGCGGGUUGUCUACUUUGGCAAAGCUUCAAGGAAUCAUACUCUUCCAGGCAUUUAAUCUACUGGUCCCUGUGGUGGGCUAUGGCCACAGCUGGAUAUGUGCAGGUCUUCAACUACAUUCAGCUAAUUUGGGACCAUAUAGCACCAUCUGCCACAUCAUCCUUCUAUAAUGGAGGUGUAGAGGCUGCAUGCUCUCUUGUAGGUGCUGCAGCAGCCUUCUCUGUGGGUUACAUCAAGGUGGCCUGGAACGUGUGGGGAGAGCUGGCAUUAGGGUUGUUCUCCGCCGUAGGGUCAGGUGCUGUGUUCCUGAUUGCGUAUACCAGCAAUAUCUGGGCAUGCUAUGCUGGCUAUAUCAUAUUCAAAUCCUGCUACAUGCUUCUCAUCACCAUCACAACAUUCCAGAUCGCAGCCAACCUCUCCAUGGAGUGCUAUGCUUUGACAUUUGGCAUCAACACAUUUGUUGCCCUUUUACUGCAGACCAUCAUAACCGUUACUGUUGUUGAUGAAGCUGCACUGGGACUGGACAUUGUGACACAGUUCAUCAUCUACGGGAGCUACUACGCUGUCAUCUCUGUGCUCUUUCUGAUUCGAGGGACGUACACCGCCUGCGUAAAUCGACACCAUCCUGAGAAGGCAGACGCCAGGGAUCAAGAGACCAGCAAGGAGGUGAUCUCUGUUGAAUAUUUCUGACCAAGGUC